AAUCAUGGACUUCACUAGUGUGCUCGACAAAUGCGGAAGUUUUGGGCGUUUUCAAUAUGUUAUAUUACUAUUAUACGGUUAUACGAAUAUACUCAGUUCCUUGCAUUACUUUUCGCAAACUCUUAUAACAUUUACGCCAGAGCAUUGGUGCUACCAUGACGACCUGCAGAAUUUAAAUGAGUCAGAAAUUCGAUCGGUAUACGCAAAUGUGACGCACAAAUCCUGCACACUAUUGGAUGCAGUGGUCAAUGGAACGGGUCUUGUCGCAAAGACUGGUCAGUGCCAGAACUGGAUAUUUAAGCGUGAACAGGGCUAUGAGAGUGUUACAACUGAGCUGAAAUGGGUCUGCGACAAGUCACAUCAUUCAACCGUAGGUCAAUCGUUCUUUUUCCUUGGCUCAGUUGUGGGCACCGUCAUAUUUGGACAUCUCUCGGAUCGCAUUGGACGACUUCCAGCACUGUUGAUGGCAACAUUGACGGGCGCAUCUGGAGAUUUUCUCACCUCGUUUGCUUAUAGCUUUCCAUUAUUUGCUGUUUCUCGAUUUGUUUCUGGACUCUCCACCGACACAAUGUACUAUUUAAUGUACAUUUUGGUGUUCGAGUACCUGAGUCCAAAACGUCGCACCUUUGGCCUCAACAUUAUUCUCGCCAUUUUCUAUUGCUUUGGACUGAUGACCUCCCCCUGGGUCGCCAUCUGGAUAGGCAACUGGCGUCAUUAUCUGUGGAUAGCUUCGCUGCCAGCUCUUGGGGUGCUCUGCUAUCCGCUGAUACUCUCUGAGAGUGCUCAGUGGCUACUCACCAAACAGAGAUACGAUCAGGCAGUGAAGAGUCUCAAAUGGGUGGCCAGGUUCAAUGGGAGGCAGGUGGAGGACUCUGUGUUCGAUGAGUUUGUCAAGCACUAUCGCGAGAAGAUGAACGAGCAACAGAAGCUACCAAAUCAUGAGGAUACAUUCAUGGGAAUGUUUAGAACACCGUAUCUGCGUCGUUGCACGCUGUUCUUGAUGCUGAAAUCGGUCAUCAUUACACUCACCUACGACGUGAUCAACCGCAACAUGGAGGGUCUGGGCACCUCCCCAUUUAAGUUAUUCUCUUACACAUCGGUCAACUAUUUACCAGCUGGCUGGACGAUCCUCUUACUUCAAAAUAACAUCGGACGCAAGGGAAUGGCCUGCAGUGCCCUGCUGAUAGGUGGUAUAAUCAAUACGGUUACCGGCUUUCUUAUUGCAUUCCUCGACCCAAAGGAAAACUAUCUUUUGCUGGCCGUUAUGAUUGGCCUGGGCCGCUAUGGCGUGACGGUCUCAUAUGAUGCGGAAAUCCAAUAUGCUGCCGAGAUAAUUCCAACUAGCGUGAGGGGGCGAGCUCUCUCCAAUAUACAUGUUGUGGGCCUGGCCUCGAAUUUUCUAGUGUUUUAUGUGAUCUACUUGGCCAAGUUUUAUAAACCAUUGCCAUCAAUUUUCAUUAGCAGUCUGAUGUUCCUCGGCGCUAGCUUAUGUCUGAUGCUACCGGAAACACUGAACAAAAAGUUGCCAGAAAACCUUGCCGAAGCGGAAAGUUUUGCUAUGAAGACGCAUACUUUUUCUUUUCCAUGGUGCACAAAACGUCGACAACUUUCGCAGAAUUCAGUUUAAAAACGUAAAUACAAAUUUAAAAUUGUAAUUUCCAUU